CAUCUGUUUCCGGUCUGAAAAGGUCCCGUUAAACACGACGUAAAGCAGCCGUAUGCUGGUGGCGUUUGUUUGCUGUGCUUCUGGAUCUUCGCGGCUACAGACGGGGCUCGGAUGUACGGUUAGUCCGGGUCUCUCCGGACUGGAUCGGCAGAAACGGUUAGCAUGGUGAAGUGUGUCGUCUCGGGGUGUCCGAACCGCAUGGUGAACGCUAACCGGGGGGUCCUACACCGACCACCGAAGCGGUUCUUCAGCUUCCCGAAUGAUCCCGCCCGGGUCAAGGUGUGGCUGGCAGCGCUGAGGGAGACAGACAAGCAGGACUCCACCGACCAGCAUCUCAUCUGUGAGGACCACUUCCUGCCGGAGGACAUCUCCACCAGUGGGGUGAACAGUGAUGCCAUUCCCAUCAUGCCCCCUUACCUGGAUGGGCCACUGGGUAUGAUCAGCCCCUGGGGAGCCGAGUCCUCUGAGGAGGAGGAGGAGCAGCAGCAGCGGGUCUCCAGAGGCUGUGACGAUGAUGAAGAUGAUGGUCCUGCUGCACCACAACCUCCUGCACCAGCUCCGCCACAGCAGGGUCCAGGUGGAGGUUUGGAGAAUCCUGCAGAGACUGAGAAGAGCAGUGGUGGUGCUGGGACGUCUGAGGUGAGCAAACAGCCGAUACCGACCAAGAGAGUGUCCAGACACGACGUGUCUCUGGGGAUGCUGACUCGGGGUUUCCUGGAGCUGCUGCUAGCAGCUCCGGACGGCUCUCUGGACCUGAGGCAGGUCGCCACAAGCCUGCAGACCCGCAAGCGGCGAGUCUACGACAUCACCAACGUCCUGGACGGCAUCAGCCUCAUCCAGAAGGAAUCGGCCAACAGGAUCAAGUGGACGGGGAAGAGUCCGAUCUCCAACUUCCUGUGGAAGGACCAGCAGAGGUUUCAGAGAGAGCUGGAGAACCUGAAGCUGGUGGAGGACACGUUGGACGGCCUCAUCAAAAGCUGUGCUCAGCAGCUCUUUGACAUGACGGACGACGUGGAAAACUCUGCGUUGGCGUACGUGACCCACGAGGACAUCAGGCGGCUCAGGGUUCUCCAGGAGCAGAAGGUGGUCGUGGUCAAAGCUCCGGAGGAAACCAAGCUGGAGAUUCCUGCUCCCAAAGAGGACAGCAUCCAGAUCCAUCUGAAAGCAGGGAGGGGUCCCAUCAUGGUGCUGACCUGUGAGGUGGGGUCAGGAGACGCUGUGACCUCUGACCCCGGAGAGACCGGAGGUGGCGUGUUCUUAACGCUGGAGGAGGGCGGGAUCAGGACGACCUCGCUGCACACAGGCGAACAGUCUUGUGGCUCACAGAGCACCGUGCAGAGCGCGUAGCCACAGACCGACCACCAGGCGGCGCCAGCUGCCCUCAGGGUUCAGACACAGGAAGCCAGAUCAGAUCCUCUGCAGGUACCAACAGGUCGCACCGUGUGUGAUGAAACACACAGCAGAUCCUGCACAUGUGACCGGAGCAUCAUGGAGCAUCAGUGUAAACGUGUCACGGGCAGAACGGAGAGUUUUUGGCGUUGGAAUGUAAAAACACUGUGUUUAUGAAUCUGUUGCCAGUUUUUAAUUUGAGCGCGUUGGUCAGACUGAAGCGUCGCUCUGAGCCGAGGGCGGCGGCGUUCGACCGCAGCGUUUUCAGCCUCUGUAUGAAACGAUGACACACAGCGGUGCCUCUGCUGCGUGUCUGCACGCUUUGUAUUAUACUGUACAUUAUCACCGUGUCCCGACUGUAAAGUGUUUUACUGUUUGUCUGGUUUUGACUUUUCCUUUGUUUUGGAUAAAAAACGUUUUUCUCUGUGGAGAAACUUCAAAGAUGCUUUAAUUAAUAAAAUAUUAUCAUGUAUAAGACUGUUGUCC